AUGAAUAGCGAGGAUCGGUCUUUUCUUGUCAACAGCGUGAACGACAGAAAUUGCUUGCGCCUUUCUUGGGCAACAGAGGCAGCAGCAGCAGAAGCAGCAGCACACCUUGCCAUUAACCUGCCGGUACUUUUUAACGUCAGACACCUCGAGGCCCACCAUCCUUGCUGCGCCUCUCUUGGGAGGCCACAGAAGACUGCGGCAGGAAAAGCGACGAUACCAGCAGCAGCAGCAGCAGCAGCAACAGCACGUACUGUAUUACCCCCGUCACAACAAGACCAGUGGACCACACUAGAUGCUGCCCCUGCCACUCCCCUAAGGGAGGGAGGCAGGCAGGGAGGCGAGGAAAGGGUUUGGGUGAACGCGGGGGAUAUUGUGUUGGUGUCUUUGCGGGACUUCCAAGACAACAAGGGCGACGUGAUCGCGAAAUACACCCCGGACGAGGCGCGGGCGCUGAAGUCCUUCGGCGAGCUGCCCGCAAACGCCAAAAUAAAUGAAACGGAUGCAUUUGGCGAAGAAGACAACGCGGGAGGUGGGAUCGAGUUCCAGGAGUCGGGAUCGGGAUCGGGAUCGGCCAGCGAGGACGACGAGCACCAGCAGGACCUCGACGUCGACGACAUGUAUGCAGAGUUGAUGGAGUUUUUUUUUUUUGCUGCUGCUGCUUUUCUUUUUUCUUCAGAUCUAAAAAAAGUGAUUUAUCAAGCUCGGAAGGGAGGAGUUGGAGGGCAACACGGAGCAGCUGCUGCUGCUGCUGCUGCUGUUGCUGCUGCUGCAGACGUUCAGCAGGAGCAGCAGCGGCGCCAGCGGCAGCAGCAUCAGGUUCCAGUCCUGCAGCAGCUGUGGUGA